AUGGACAAUUUUUACUUCGAUGAUCCUGACCUUCAUAUUAGUGACCUCAAUAUUAACAAUGAACCUGACUUUCAUAUUAUUGAUGUGGUUGAAACUAUUUACAAAAAAGAUCUAGAAUCCUUUGAAAGUAAAAGUUUAUUAAUUUCUUUUGAUGAUGAAUUUCAAGUGAUUGAUAAUGUUGUUGCAAGUGAUUUAAAUGAAGAUACAAUAACUUAUUUUACUAAAGAAUUGGCUACGAAAGUUAUUUAUCAUACUUUAAUGCCUAUAGAAUAUCCUGAAACAAGUCUUGAAGUUCAUGCUUUACUUAAUGAUACAAACAAGUUACGAAGUUGCGUAAAUAAAAUUCAAAAAGAAAAACGUCCAUUUGGUCAAGAUUUAUUAGGAGUUGUAUAUAAUUUUUCACACAAUAUUGAUAAUUUUCAAAAUUAUGUUCAAUGGCUAAAUUUUUUUAAUAAUGGGCAUGUAAUGAUUAUUUGUACUACUCAAGUCCAAAUACGAAAAUGGAUCAAAUAUAAUUAUUUUGAAAUUGAUUUAUUAUUCAAAAGAAUUGCUGGAAAUAUUAAUGAAUUUGAAGUAAACUAUUAUAAUAAAAAAUAUAAUACAACAACUACUUUUGCAUAUCAACAUAUGUUUGAAACAUUAUUUGAUCUUAUCAAACAAUUUACUGAUAAAUCAGCAAAGUUUAAUCACAUUUACAAAAAAGAAUGGAGUUGUAUUGUUGGUGAUCUUGAUAUAGCACAACUUACUGGAUUAGCUAAAAUGGAAUUAUUAUUAACUGCGAAAGCUAAAGAAGUAGAUUUAAUAUUUAAUGAAUUAUUAGAACUUGAUAAAAACCUUACAGAUUGGGUUCAAUACUAUAAACAACCUUAUAUUAUCACCUCACUUAAUCCAAAUCUUUCAAAAAUUCCACAUAAUUUGUGGCAUGCAGCACUAUAUAGUACAAAUUGUGCUGAAGCAGCACAUGCUAUGAGCAAUCUAAUUGAUUUAACUGAUGAUAUAUUGCAAGAAUUUCAUGAUAAUAAAUCUAAAGAAUCUGGUAUGACAAUGAUGGAACAAUUAGAAUAUGAGGAAUGCAAGUUAAUAAUUGAAGAACGUAAAGAAAAACUAAGGGAAUUAUGA